UUACCCGAUACAUAAAUGUCAUUAAUUAAAUAUUCAAUUUUUGGACUGGGUCUGGGCACUCCCCCAACCCCGUAAGGGAAACAUUCUAAACAUGGCUAGAAAGCCACCUCCUAUUCCAAAAACCCACGAAAGGACCCCGGGUCCCAGGGGCCAGGACACCAAGGCCAACAACGAACUCUUCCUGCAGGAGGUCUUCAAUACCACCAACAAACUUCGGGGAAUGCACGGAUGUCCAGCUUUGACGAUUAAUGCCGAACUGAAUAAAAUAGCCCAGGAGUGGGCUAAUCACCUUCGUGAUAAGAACGCUAUGGAACAUAGACCAAAUCCCAAGUUCGGGGAAAAUAUUUUUCUUUCCGGCGGAAUGGACGUCACUGGUGAUCUGCCCGUGGAAAUGUGGUAUCGGGAAAUCAAUAGCUACGAUUUCCAAAAGGCACAAUUUGCACCAACAGCGGGGCACUUUACCCAGUUAAUAUGGAAGGGAUCCAAAGAAAUGGGUUCCGGUGUGGCGCGAAAGGCGGAUAGAACAUGGGUGGUUUGCAACUACAAUCCACCUGGAAACGUGGUCGGGCAAUUCAAAGACAAUGUGCCACCAAAAAAAUAAGCCAAAUUCCCAGUUAAAUUGAUGAAACUUUCUUUAUUUAUAAAAUUAUAACAAGCUGCCUUUGAAAUAAAUCAUACAAUAUUAUA